UCUCGAUUUUGGAGGCGUGGUUGGUGGAGUUGCUCGGGAUUCUGGUAGAGAGCAAAAUUCUCAGCCGAUUGCUGAUUGGUGUUGUCCAAGCUUUGCCCCACCUUUUCCCUUUGAACCAAGGCCACUCGACAAUUUUCCUCACGCCGGGCUCUCCAAACCUCCAUCAACCUCCCGCUACAUCUCCCCUCCACGCAAUUGCAAUUGUGUUGCGAUUGCAUUCCUUCUGCUCGUCACGAACAGACACCUCCACAACAUGUUCCGGAACGCCCUCCGUCAGAGCACUCGCGCCGUCGGCGCCUUCUCUGCCACUGGCAGAGUCGCCGCGCGAAAUGCCGCACCUGUAGUUUCCGCCGUCCAGGCCCGCACCUACGCCGACGCCAAGGCCACUCCCACCGAGGUCUCUUCCAUCCUCGAGCAGAGAAUCCGCGGUGUCCAGGAGGAGUCGAACCUCGCUGAGACCGGUCGCGUCCUCUCCGUCGGUGAUGGUAUCGCCCGUGUUCACGGCAUGGCCAACGUCCAGGCUGAGGAGCUUGUCGAGUUCGCCUCCGGCGUCAAGGGUAUGUGCAUGAACCUCGAGGCCGGCCAGGUCGGUGUUGUGCUUUUCGGUUCCGAUCGUCUUGUCAAGGAGGGCGAGACUGUCAAGCGUACCGGUGAAAUUGUCGAUGUCCCCGUCGGUCCCGAGCUUCUCGGCCGUGUCAUCGAUGCCCUCGGUAACCCCAUCGAUGGCAAGGGCCCCAUCAACUGCAAGGAGAAGCGUCGUGCCCAGCUCAAGGCGCCCGGCAUUCUUCCCCGUCAGUCCGUCAACCAGCCCGUCCAGACCGGUCUCAAGUCCGUCGACGCCAUGGUUCCCAUUGGCCGUGGUCAGCGUGAGUUGAUCAUUGGUGAUCGUCAGACCGGCAAGACUGCCGUCGCUCUCGAUGCCAUUCUCAACCAGAAGCGCUGGAACAGCGGUUCCGACGAGGACAAGAAGCUCUACUGCGUCUACGUUGCCGUCGGUCAGAAGCGUUCCACCGUCGCUCAGCUCGUCAAGACCCUUGAGGAGAACGACGCCAUGAAGUACUCCAUCGUCGUCGCUGCCACCGCCUCCGAGGCCGCUCCUCUCCAGUACCUCGCUCCUUUCACUGGCGCGUGUGUCGGUGAAUACUUCAGAGACAACGGCAAGCACUCCCUUGUCAUCUUUGACGAUCUUACCAAGCAGGCCGUUGCCUACCGUCAGAUGUCCCUUCUUCUCCGUCGUCCCCCCGGUCGUGAGGCUUACCCCGGUGAUGUCUUCUACCUCCACUCUCGUCUUCUCGAGCGUGCCGCCAAGAUGAACAAGACCCACGGCGGUGGUUCCAUGACUGCCCUUCCCGUCAUUGAGACCCAGGGUGGUGAUGUGUCCGCUUACAUUCCCACCAACGUCAUUUCCAUCACUGAUGGUCAGAUCUUCUUGGAGUCUGAGCUCUUCUACAAGGGUGUCCGUCCCGCCAUCAACGUCGGUCUUUCCGUCUCUCGUGUCGGUUCCGCUGCCCAGCUCAAGGCCAUGAAGCAAGUCGCUGGUUCACUCAAGCUCUUCUUGGCCCAGUACCGUGAGGUCGCUGCCUUCGCCCAGUUCGGUUCCGAUCUUGAUGCUGCUACCAAGCAGACCCUCAACCGUGGUGAGCGUUUGACCGAGCUCCUCAAGCAGAAGCAGUACUCCCCUAUGGCCGUCAACGAGAUGGUUCCCCUCAUCUUCGCCGGUGUCAACGGUUUCCUCGACACCGUCCCCGUUGCCAAGAUCCUCCAGUGGGAGGCUGACUUCCUCGCCCACCUCAAGACCAACGAGCCUGAGAUCAUGGCCACCAUCGACAAGGAGGGUGCCAUUAGCAAGGACCUCGAGGCUAAGCUCCGUGAUGUUAUCCAGACCUUCACCAAGAGCUUCCUCGGUUAAAUGCAUAUAAAUUGAAUUAAUUCCCCGUGGUUCUUGAGAACGACCAGUGGGUUCGUCAUCUUUACCCGCGCAGUUCCGUGUUUCUAGAGGAAGGUGUUCCGUCUCCGUCGGGUGCUGGACUGAGGAAUGGACGCGUGAGAAGGGGAGAUUCUCUAGCCGAACCUACUGUAAAUUAGAGCAAGUCUCAAUCAAG